AUGGCGAGAUUAAUAUUCAAUGCAUGCAGUGACAAAACUAAACCACCUUUAAUUAUUAAGCCAAGUGCAGAGGACUUGAAGGACAUAGAAACAAAUUUCAGAGUGCUGCCGCUCUUCGAGAAGAGUUGUUUUGAAAAAGCGAGAAUUAAACACUUAUCUUUGGACAAAAAUGAAAAACUGAAAUGUUGUUGGACUAAGUACAAGCAAAACUUGGAGACCAGGGAUUAUGAACCCUUCCAUUUUCCAGAUAUAAGAGAUCUCCACUACAGGAAAUAUAUAAUCGAAUACUUGCCAAGCGAAAAAAAGUUUAAAUUCGACAAUAGAAUGAAAAUGAAAGCAGGACCAGGAGUAGACUAUCGGGGACAAAUGCCCAUUCCUCAUGAGCUCCUAAUGAAACGAGGAGGUUCUAAGAUUACACAAGAGCGCCGUAAACAGCGUCAACCAAAAUAUGAGAAAAGAAAAGUAAUUGAUAAUGAGAUGGAGAAAAAAAAGUAAUUUUGUAAACAUGAAACUUUUUUGUUUGAAUGUAACGACGUUCGCGUUUGGUCGUACCUAUUCUGUAAGGGUUAAAUGGUUUUAUUAUAUCCUGAUGGUGGCAAAAAAGCACUCAGCCCAUCCGUUGGUUAGUGGUUACUGUGGCCUAUAAACGCUUGCAAUACUUGGGGCAUGUGUAUAUGCAUAUAUGCGCCUUGCCGACAAUUAAAAAAGCUAUUUAUUCCUUUCUUGAUGAACCCUAUUUAUAAGCCUAUUGGGAAAACCUCGGCAGGGAGUUCAUUCCACAAUCAAAGGGUACGUGAA